UUGCCUACAAGAGGGUCAGACAGAAUGGGGACCCUUGUUCUCAAGAUGCGGUCCACGGGAGAGUAGGUGUAUGUAACUGCUGUCCGCUUUCAGAACACACCUGGGAUCCUAGGGCUACUACAUCCUUGAACUUCCCUGUCCCUAUACUCAGAAAAGACCACGGAGCAUUCUUUCAGUAAGGGGAGGAGGCGGAAAGGAAACCUCACUUGGAGAAUUAGCUAUCAGCCUCCUCAGCCAUCAAGCUUCAAAGCCCGCCUGUUACGCUCUGACCCGAGACCGCAGAAGUAGCCACCGCCCCACGUCCGCUGCGGACCGGACGCGAGGUGGGGACACGUGGGUCUAGGGGAAAACGCCCUCGCGAGAGGUUUGUCCCCUAUGCUGACCCGUAUAAGGAAGACCUAGCGAAAGUCACAAACCAGGGAGGUGGAAAAAAAAACGCUUCCUUCCCUUUAGAAGCAGCGUUACCCCCAUCAACCUAAGGUCAGGACCUCCAGGGCCUGUGUCUUCCUGGCAUGGAUUCAGCUCUGGGAGCAGGCAUCGUGGUGGCGGAAACUCUACAGAGACAGCUGCCCUGGCUCGAGGACGUCUGGCUCUGGGUCACCUUCCUGGGUGACCCCAAGUGCAUCUUUUUUUUCUACUUCCCCCUGGCCUACUAUACCUGUCGCCAUGUGGGCAUUUCUGUGCUCUGGAUCGCCCUGCUCUCUGAAUGGCUCAACCUCAUCUCCAAGUGGUUUCUUUUUGGAGACCGGCCCUUUUGGUGGGUUCAUGAAUCUGGAUACUACAGUGAAGUACCCGCCCAGGUUCACCAGUUCCCUGUAUCUUGUGAAACUGGCCCAGGUAGUCCCUCGGGUCACUGCAUGAUCACAGGAGCUGCCCUGUGGCCCAUCAUGAUUGCCACCUCAGGCCAGAUUGCAAAACGAAGUCGCAGCCGCUGGAUGAAGUUGAUGCCUAGCCUGGCUUACAGCACAUUCCUCUUGGCAGUUGGACUCUCCCGGAUCUUCAUCCUUGCACAUUUCCCCCACCAGGUGCUAGGUGGCCUGAUAGCUGGUGCUCUCCUGGGAUGGUUGAUAACUCCGCGUGUACCUGUCGAUCGGCCAGUCAGCUUUUAUGGGCUGACAGCACUGGCACUUCUGCUGGGUGCCAGCCUCAUUUACUGGAGCCUCAUCUCCCUGGGAAUAGACCUGACUUGGUCCAUUCACUUGGCUUCCAAGUGGUGUGAGCGUCCAGAGUGGGUACACAUGGAAACUCGACCUUUUGCUUCCCUGAGUCGGGAUUCUGGAGCUGCCUUGGGCCUGGGCAUUGCCUUGCACUCACCCUAUUAUGCUCAGGUGAGGCGGGCCCAACUGGGAACCCUACAGCAAGCUGCUUGCCUGUUCUUGGUUGUAGGGCUUUUAGGGGUCCUUAACUGGCUGGGCAACCCACCCCAGCUGAGUCUAUUCUACAUCUUUAACUUUCUCAAGUUUACCCUUUGGCCCUGCCUGGUCACUGCCCUGGUGCCUUGGGUGGUCCACUCCCUCGGUGCCCAGGAGGCCCCACCCACCAAAUCCAAAUGACCCCCCCCACCUUCCCUUCCCCCAACACUCCAGAUGACUUCUACCUCCUGCCAAGGAGUCCUCACUUAUCACUGCAAGAGACCUCUUCUGUUCAUUCCCUGCCCCUCACUCCCACCUCACUGUGCCAUUGUGACUGCUGUUUGCCCCUGCUGAAGACAGGCUUCCUUCCACUUGACUCCUCUGGAGACUCUUCUGUGCUCCCAACGUGCCUAUCCCACCCCUAAUGACUUGAACUUAGCCUUAGAGAGGGGUAUGUCAGUCUGGAAGAAGACUGGCCCGGUCAACCUUUCCCCUUCCCUGCUUUGUCAAAACCCUACCCUUUCCCCCCUCUACCAAAACUUUGCAUUUUUUAAGAGCACUGGAAAUAAAAGGGAUGAAAGAACUGA